GAGGAAGCUUACUUUAAGAUUGGUGGAGUUGCUAAGUGUGGGCCUGGCCUAGAGGCUGAGUUCGGGAUUUGGAGCUGUGAUGGCGCCUGCUGCAUCUCUUGUUUGCGCCCGCCUGCCUUGGUGGAGAUUGCGGCCGUCUGUUCCCUUUGCCUUACGGCGGGGUUAUUCCGCGAUGUGUGUGGAUGACACGAUAAACGGGCUGAACCCGGAGCAAAAACAGCUCCGAGAGACCAUGUUCAAAUUCUUUCAGGAACAUUUAGUCCCCAAGGCUCAUGAAAUUGAUCAGAACAAUGAGUUCCCCGACCUUCGGAAAUUCUGGAAGCAACUGGGAAAUCUAGGAGUAUUAGGCAUUACAGCCCCCGCACAGUAUGGUGGCUCUGACCUGGGCUAUCUGGACCAUGUAAUAGUGAUGGAGGAGAUGUCCCGAGCCUCUGCAGCUAUUGGGCUUAGUUACGGAGCCCACUCUAACCUCUGUGUCAAUCAGCUUGUACGAAAUGGAAAUGAAGCCCAAAAGGAGAAAUACCUCCCCAAGCUCAUCAGUGGGGAACACAUUGGAGCCUUGGCCAUGAGUGAGCCCAGUGCUGGUUCAGAUGUUGUGUCCAUGAGACUGAAAGCUGAAAAGAAGGGGGAUUACUACAUCCUGAAUGGCACAAAAUUUUGGAUCACCAAUGGACCUGAUGCUGAUGUCCUCAUUGUCUAUGCCAAGACGGAUCCCGUUGCUGUGCCAGUUUCUCGGGGUAUCACAGCCUUCAUUGUGGAGAAGAAUAUGCCUGGAUUUAGCACAUGCAAGAAACUCGACAAGCUGGGAAUGAGAGGCUCUAACACCUGUGAGCUGGUCUUUGAAAACUGCAAGGUCCCUGUCUCCAACAUCCUGGGUCACCUGAGUAAGGGUGUGUAUGUGCUGAUGAGCGGACUGGAUCUGGAGCGCUUGGUGCUGGCUGGUGGGCCCCUGGGGAUCAUGCAAGCCGUCCUGGAUCACACCAUCCCCUACCUGCAUGUGAGGGAAGCCUUUGGCCAAAAGAUUGGCCAUUUUCAACUGAUGCAGGGGAAGAUGGCAGAUAUGUACACCCGCCUCACAACCAGCCGUCAGUACGUCUAUAAUGUUGCCAAAGCUUGUGAUGAAGGGCAUCACAGCCCCAAGGACUGUGCAGGUGUGAUCCUCUAUGCAGCAGAAUCAGCCACACAAGUGGCUCUGGAUGGCAUCCAGUGCCUGGGUGGCAAUGGAUACAUUAACGAUUUCCCUAUGGGACGCUUUCUUCGAGAUGCCAAACUAUAUGAAAUUGGGGCUGGGACAAGUGAGAUUCGGAGGCUAGUCAUUGGCCGGGCCUUCAAUGAGGACUUCAAGUAACCCCAAAAAGUCCAUCCCCCUCCCUAACAGAGCAGCCAAAGUACUUUCUAUGGCAAGCUGGGCCAUCACAGCUUUCCUACACCCUGGAGCAGCAAAAGGCCAGUCUCACUGCUUUGUCUGCCUGCCUGCCUGCCUGGCUGGAGCUCGGCAUCAGGCAGGGCUUCCUGAGAUAUGUCUGCUGGGGCUGAUAACUCCUUGACGGAGGGCAUCCUUAAGCAGGCCUUGGCUUUGGUAUCAGCCACCCGUGUUUUCCUAGACUUAAAGCUUGCAGUUGGCUUGAUACACAAACUGAAUCUACUUGUGCUGGCACUGCAGGAAAAGGACCUUCGGAGUGUCCCAGGGCAGACCAUUACCCCAUUCCCUUCUCCCCACCAAUUCUAUUAUUUCUACGCUUCCCUCCAGCCAGAGAGGGGCCUGGCUGCCUGGGGGAGAAUCAUCCUCCUGGGGGAGGUGUUCUCACAGAGGGAUUUUCUCUCCAGAAGAGAAGGUUGCCACUUGGCUCCUCAGCCUUACAACUCCUCUGUCUGUCUGUCUGUCUGUCUGUCUGUCUGUCUAAGGAACAGAUACAGUUGCAGAGUCUUUCUUAGCUUUCUCCUUUUUAAACUGCUGUUUCUGUAUUCAGUACAUCUGUACGUGCUCACCAAUGCUCUCCAGCUCUCCUUCCUCCAUGGGACUCACCUGUGGUCAGAGGUUAGCAUAUUCUGUCUUUAACUAAAAAUGUGCACCGAAACUAUUGGUCAGUCACAUAAAUUCCUUCUGAAAAUCAUUACAAACCACUAAUCAUUGGCCAGUCUCCUUAAUUUGUGGGAUUUUUUCCAGUUUGUGGUGGCUUUUCCCCACUCCCCAUGGUUGUCUUAUGAAUAAUGUCAAAUGAAUAAUUAUUUGAGAUAUUAUGAGAUAUAAUUGGAAUUCAUUAUUCAGGCUGCCCUCUUGUUCUACCCUCCUACCUAAAGUGAAAAGUGGGCUUAGCUCCCCAUCCUGCUCAGCAGUCUCAGAUCCCAGAAGAUUUUCCAUUUUUUCCUCAAACAAGUUUUCUGUUGCUAUGAUAGGUGCAGAAAGAGCUAUACAACAAACCAGCUCCUUCAAUCUCUUGAUGCUUUCCAUUGCAUGUAACCCUAGGGGCCAGCUGGGUGAUUGAGAGCCAGACUUGGAGAUGGGAGGUCCUAGGUUCAAAUUUGGCCUUAGAAUUGACUCUAAGACAGAAGAUAAGGGUUAAAAAAAACACAAGCCUACAAAGAUUUGUUUACUAUAUAUCCCAAAACCAAAUAGAAUGUCUGCCCUAAGAAAGCGGUUGUCAUUUACAAAAGUACUGAACAUCCUGACCUAUAAUUUCUUCUUUUUUAAACCCUUGCCUCCUGUCUUAGUAUCAAUUCUAAGAUAUAAGAGGGGUACGGUCUAGGUAACUAGAAUUCAUUGACUGGCCCAGGGUCCCACAGCUAGGAAGGGUCUGAGGCCAGAUUUGAUCCCAGGUCCUCUGACUCCAGACCUGGCUCUUGAUCUACCCAGCCACUUAGCAGUCCCCUGAUUUAACUUUCUGGCAACCUUAGAGCUUAGCAAAGAGGAAGGUUCUAGUUUAGAGUAGAAGAGUGACUUAAAAAGAUUGUACUAUUGCUCUAAAUAGAGACCACACUUUCCCCUGAAAUAAUGUAUAUAUAGCCAGAAUCACACAUUCAAUAAGGGAAGAAAAGAAGGAUGGAAGCAGCAAAGAGAAAAAUGAACAGCUUUAUUUGAAUUCAAAAAUAUAUUUACUAUUUUGUCUUA